AUGGCUAGAAAUUGGUUAGAAGCAUUUGGGUUUGAAUAUUCAGAAGUCAGAAAAGGAAUGUAUAUGAAUGGGCAUGAGUAUGCAGAUGUAAUAGCUUAUUGUGAAAGGUUCUUAGAAAGAAUGGCUGAAUAUGAAACACAUAUGAUAGUUUUUUCUGGUGAAAAUAUGGAAAAAGAAACUCAACCAGCUUUUCAAGAUAUUAUACCAAAAGGGGAGCAACCACUUCGUAAAAAAGACCAAGGGUGGUCAGUUCAUGUUAGUGAAUUUCUCACUGAUGUUGAUGGACAUUUAAUCGCUUUUCCUAACCUGCCAUCAGAAGCUUGUGUUAUAACCUACCCAGGUAAAAAUGGUACAAAAGCCCUUUUUGUAUUUGACAAUGCAACUAGACAUUGUGCAUAUUCUGAAGAUGCUCUUGUGGCAAAAAAUAUGAAUUUAUCUUCUGGUGGCAAACAGCCAAAAAUGAGAAGUACCAUUUAUAGAGACAACAUUCCGCAAGAGAUGUGUUUUCCUAAAGAUUAUGAUGAUCCUGAUUUGUGUAGUUGUGAAGAAGGAAGAAUUGACUGUUGUGCUAAAACUACAAUGGCAAAUCAAUCUGAUUUUAGAGCACAAUGUAGAAAACUUGAAGAAGCAAUUAUUUUAAUAAGUUAUAAAGUUAUUUUUUAUCCAAAAUUCUAUUGUGAGUUAAAUUACAUAGAAAACUUUUGGGAGUUAGCAAAGCAAUAUGCACAAUGUUAUUGUAACUAUACUUGGGAAGGUUUGAAAAAAACUGUAUUACAAGCUCUUGAAUCAGUAUCUUUUACUGAGAUUAGACAAUAUGCUCAGAAGGCUUUUAGAUUUAUGGAUGUAUAUCGCAAAGGCUUAACUGGAAAAGUUGCAGAAUAUGCUGUAAAAAAAUAUUAUUCGCACUCCAUGUUUCAGAUAUGA